AUGGUGUUUCCCUUCAUAGCCCGAGUCAUUUCAUUCGUAUUUCUGAGCUCAACAAUGGCGGCAGCUGCUUCACUCUCGAAGCCCGGUUGCCAAGAGAAAUGUGGCAAUCUCACCAUUCCGUAUCCAUUUGGGAUAGGCUCUGAUUGCAGUGGAAACUCCUCCUUCACACUUAAUUGCACAGGAAAUCCCUCAAGGGCCUUCUUGAGCAACAUUAACUUGGAAGUAGUAAAUAUUUCCAUGUAUGGAGUGGUUAUAGUGAAUCUACCCGUGUCGCCUAUGAACUGCUAUGAAGGGCAAAGACAGGAAGCUAUACCCACAUCGCUCACAGAAAGUCCCUUCACAGUCUCAGCACAGUACAACGCGCUGACUGUGCUAGGCUGCAAGAAUUCAGUGUGGUUGCGCGCUAAUGAAACAACGGCUGGAGGGUGCAUGCCUAUGUGUGAUGCUAAUACUACUGAUUUCAGUUGCAACGGCCUGAACUGCUGCCAAAUCUCAAUUCCAAGACGAGCCCAACAGGUAGAGUUCACGUACGAAAGCAUUCAAGCUAACAACAGUACCUUUUGCGGGUAUGUAUUUCCCGUUGACAAGGUUUGGCUGGACAAUGAGGAUUAUACGAUGUAUAAAGGCGUUGUGAGUGAUAUGCAGAAUCCAUUUGAUCAAGAAUUUCGAUCCGUGCCUUUGGUGCUUGAGUGGGAAUUCGGAAGUGGAGAAAGUAUCUCCAAUGGUGAUUGCGAAUAUCCUUCAACAUUAGAUGGAUCUGAAUAUAAUCUUACAUCUUCUAGUAGGUUCUGUUUCUGCAACUCUGGAUAUGAAGGAAAUCCAUACUUAGUUGAAGGAUGUGAAGUUGUUGAUGAAUGCAGUGAUCCAUCAUUGAAUAAUUAUGAUUGCAUAAAUAGGAACCAAAAAGAGAAUCACAAAACAACAUUUCCUGUUAUCGUUGUUGGGAUUUUCCUCGGUGUGCUGAUCUUUCUCGCUGCAGCAUGGAGGUUCGGGGAAGCUAUCAUAGAAGCAAUCAAGGCUAUCAAGGCCAGCCGAAAACAUAUGUUUUUCAAGAGAAAUGGAGGUGUUUUGUUGGAACAACAAUUGGCUGCAAUUGAGAAUGGGAUUGAGAAAACCAGACUGUUCAGUUCUGUUGAGUUGGCAAAAGCUACUGAUGAUUAUAAUGAGAAUCGAGUAGUUGGCCGUGGCGGUGAAGGCGUCGUGUAUAAAGGGAUACUGGAGGAUGGAACAAUCGUGGCAGUGAAGAAGUCGGAGAGUGUGAGCCAAGGCGACGACGUGGAAGGCUUCAUUAACGAGGUUGUGAUUGUAUCGCAGAUCAAUCAUAGGAAUGUGGUCAAGCUGUUGGGGUGUUGUCUGGAGAGCGAAGUUCCUCGUCUCGUAUACGAGUUCGUCCCAAACGGCACUCUUUUCUCUCACAUCCAUCAUCCACUCGAAGAUUUCCCUUUAUUUUGGGAAAUGAGGGUGAGAAUUGCCAAAGAAAUAGCCGGAGCACUCGCUUACUUACACUCUGCUGCGUCUAUUCCCAUUUAUCACCGAGACAUCAAGUCGACAAACAUUCUCUUGGAUGAGAAAAACCAGGCUAAAAUCUCAGAUUUUGGAACGUCAAGGUCAGUUUCCAUUGAUCAAACUCACGUGACCACGCGAGUAGUAGGGACAUUCGGGUACUUGGACCCAGAGUAUUUCCAGUCGAGCCAGUUCACAGAAAAGAGCGAUGUUUACAGUUUUGGAGUGGUGCUGGUAGAGCUUCUGACAGGGGAGAAAGCUGUGUCUGCUGUUAGAGUCGAGGAAGGAAGGGGUCUGGCCAUGCACUUCCUUCUUUCGAUGGAAGAGAAUAAUUUGUUUGAUAUUAUUGACGCGAGGGUGCUGAGAGAGGGGAGAAGGGAAGAAAUCGAGGCGAUGGCAGAGAUUGCUCGAAGAUGUCUGCAUUUGAAUGGUAAGAGCAGGCCAACGAUGAAGGAAGUUUCACGUCAUUUGGAUGGAAUACAGGUGGAGAAGGAUUGUGAUGGCUUCUCUUCCAUCUCAGAAUCCAUUGAUUUGGACAAGAUCUUCAUCGAAAGCUAA